AUGCCGGUGUACAAAAUAUGUUCGAUACCCGUGUCGUUUCCAUACGAGGCGUAUGAGUGCCAGAUUGUGUACAUGACUCAAGUCAUGCAGUCUCUCCUUCAGGUGCGAAAACCUCCGUUCUCCUCCUCUGCUUUUCUCCUCCGCCUUUUCAUCACCUGCGUCCUUGACCCUGCGAGCGUCGAAGCCACGCCCAUUCUGUUGCAUGCUGUCUCUGUCAAGACCGGCGCCGUUACCUUGCCUUACCGUCUCUUUCGAAGGCCUCUCAUUCGGGCAAAGAAGCGGCGGGAAGCGGAGCAACGGAAAGCCGUGCGCGAGGGGUGGGGGACGGUGCGCCAACCGAGCCAGGGGGGGGAAGACGGGGGAUGCGCAACGGUGCGCCUGUCGCAGGGGUCGCGUGAAUCGUCGCAGGGUUCGCAGGGGAUGGGGUCGCAGGGGAUGGGGUCGCAAAGGAUGGGGAAGCAGCAAGGAGCCGCUGGGAUGGGAGGCGCUGAACGCGGCGGGGGGAGCCAGAAGGGGGAAAACUGUGGGGCGCGGAACGGUUUGCCAGGGGGAAUUGGCGGAGUAUGUCCAGCAGGGGGGGAAGACGGGGUGGGCGGAGAGGAAGAGGAGCGCAUCCCCACGAUUAUCUAUGCGUCGCGCACGCAUGCGCAGCUGCAGCAAGUGGUGCGAGAGCUGAAAGCGACCACGUACCGGCAGCGCAUGUGCAUCCUGGGUUCAAGGGAGCACACGUGUGUGCACAGGAAGGUGUCCAAGCUGAAGGGCAAGGCGCAGAACCACACGUGCAGGCAGCUGGUCAAACGCCGCAAGUGCCACCACAACCUCAUGGCCGCAGACUAUGUAAGAACGAACCCGCAGAAGGCAUCAGAGCCGCAUGACAUUGAAGACCUGGUCAAGCUGGGGCAGACGGAAGGACCCUGCCCCUACUACGUCUCGCGGGGAUUUCUCGAGAAGGCGGAGAUAAUCUUCAUGCCGUACAACUACGUGCUGGACGGCGAUUACCGCAAGAACCUCAAAGUGCUGGAGAUGAGAGGAGCCGUGCUCAUAUUCGACGAGGCGCACAACCUGGUGGGUUCUCUUUCAUUCCUUGCCCUAACUGCCUGCUACACCCGCACAGUCCACCACGUGGCUCAAAAGCAUGAGUACCGCAAGAACCUCAAAGUGCUGGAGAUGAGAGGAGCCGUGCUCAUAUUCGAUGAGGCGCACAACCUGGAACGCCUGCUAGCAGAUCAAGCCUCCGUGCAGCUCUCCUCGAACGCCUGCUGGCAGAUCAAGCCUCCGUGCAGCUCUCCUCGUCCCACCCUCACCUCGUCCACUCCUCCCUCCCCCUCCGCCCCCCUCCCCUUACCUGUGUGUUCUCAGGAACGCCUGCUAGCAGAUCAAGCCUCUGUGCAACUCUCCACGUCGCUCCUCUCCGCCUGUGCAGCUGAAGCAGCCAAGUGCGCCGCCAUUGCCACUGCCCGCCUUGCCUGUCCACCCUCCAGCAGCCAAUUUUCGGAGGGGGGUGAUGGGGGAAUGGGGGGCGGUGGCAAAGGGGGACGGGGAGGAAGAGGGGGCAGAGGAGGCGGGAGGGGAGGGGGAAGAGGAAAGGAUGUGAUGGUUGGAGGGAUUGGUUAUGGGGAUGGUGGAGGAGGAAGAGGAGGAGGCGGAAGAGGAGGGGGAGGAAGAGGAGGGGGAGGAGGAGAAGGGGGAGGAGGGGUAGUGGGGGAAGUGCAGCCGGACACGUUCAGCAUCCUGCAGGGACUGCUGCUGGCGAUGGAGAGAAAGGUCCUUGACUUCCCCAUGCACAGCUUCGUGCAUGGCUUUGCCGUCGCUGCCCGCACUGCUGCUGCCGGCGGUGCUGGUGCUGGCGCUGCUGGUGCUGGCGCUGCAAGCGCAGCAGCUAGUGCUGCUGCUGGUAGCACUGGUGGAGCUGUUGGCGCUGCAGGGGCCGGUGCUGGUGCAGGGAGGCCCGGGCUGAAUGGGAGCGAGUGGAAGAAAGGGCGGUUGGUGGGGGGAGGCGAGGAGGUGGGGGUGGCGUUCCCAGGGAGCUACAUCUACGAGUUCCUGGCACAGCUCAACGUCACCCAUGCCACCGUGUUCUCACUGCUCGCCACUGUACAGCAUGCGCUGCUGCUUCUCACCGAUGAUGCUGCAGCGUUGUCACCAGGCGAAGCAGAGGCAGGCGGUGCAGCAGAGGCAGGCGGGGAGCAGGGGAAGGGGGGCACGGAGGGAGGGGCAUCAGAGCGAGGAGCAGGGACCCCGGCGAUGUCGUUCCGACUGGAGCAGCUGUGGGCUGCGCUGCAGCUCAUCUUCCCUCCCACUGGGCCCACCUCCCACGCCAGUUCCUUCAAGGUGUGCAUAACAGAGCACAAGGUGAAGGCAAGGAGAAACGCGUCAGUGGUCGCUCCAUCAGUGGUUCGAACGCUCAACUGGUGGUGCUUCGACCCGGGCCUUGUGAUGCAGCAGAUUCGAGCGCUGGGGGUGCGAUCGAUGCUGCUCACCAGUGGCACCCUCUCCCCUCUGCAGCCCUACGCUUCAGAGCUUAGAGUGCCCUUUCAGCAGCAGCUAGAGAACAGCCAUGUGAUCAGGCAGGAGCAGGUGUGGGCGGGAGUGCUGCCAGUGGGGCCGUCAGGGGUGGCCCUCAACUCGGGCUUUAAGACGCGCUCCCAGCUUGACUAUCUGCACGACAUGGGCUCCGCUAUAGUCAACAUAUGCCGCAUCGUCCCGGGCGGCGUGCUUGUCUUCUUCCCAUCCUACUCAUGCAUGGACUCGUCAAUACAAGCCUGGCAGCUGCCUCCUGCAGGGCGGCACGAUUCGGCAGCAUUAUCGGUGUGGCAGCGCAUCGGCAUGCAGAAGCAGGCAGUAGUGGAGCCACGGGACUCGGCACUGCUUGGCGAAGCUAGGGAGGACUAUGUGAGGAAGCUAGAGGAGGAGGGGUCAAAGGGCGCUGUGCUGUUUGCCGUGUGCAGGGGCAAGGUGAGCGAGGGAAUCGACUUUGCCGACCAUCUGUCCCGUGCUGUCGUCAUCACAGGCAUCCCAUAUGCACAGCAGCUCAGCCCACAGGUGGUGCUCAAGAAGGAGUAUCUGGACGAACGGGUGACGGCCCACCAGCACCACCUGUACCAGCAUCCAGACGCCUUCGCCUCCAACCCUGCCUCCAUUUCGCCGGUAUCAGGAGCGCAGUGGUACACGCUCGACGCCAUACGGGCCGUGAACCAGGCAGUGGGGCGAGUGAUUCGCCACCGCAACGACUUUGGCUCCAUCAUCCUCCUGGAUGAGAGGUUCGCAGAGCCCAAGCUGAAGGACCGCCUCUCCAUGUGGAUCCGCCCCGCUCUAAAGGUAUACAGUGGGUUUGGCGAGGCAGCCUUCUCUCUCAUCAAGUUCUUCCGCAGUCAACCCAACGGAGCUUGCCCCAAGCCCGCCUGCCCAGACCCCAUCGCCCCAAGCCCCACCCGUUCGCCCACCCACAAUCAUCCUGCUGCCGCCGCUGCUGCCGCCGCCGCUGCUGCUCCCACUGCCGGCGCUUGCCCCAUGACCUCCAAGCAUGCUGCAGAAGCCGCUGCUGCUGGUCUGUCAGGGGUGGCCGUCUAUCCCCCGUUCCCCUCCAGCCGCUCCCUGCUAGACGCAGACCCCUUGCUGGUGCCAGCAGCAAAUGAGGUGUCAGCAGCAAGGCGGCAGCGGCAGGGAGCGGCCACAAGGGGGACAGAGAGCAGUGGUGAUGGGAACGAGAGUGUUGGCGGAGAUAGAAAUGUGCCCUCUCUCUUCUCCCCCACCAUUCCCCGCCCGCCUGUAGCCUCCACCUCCUCCCUGCUCGCUGCUGCUCGUGCCCACAUGAGCACACACCAGCCUGCACCAAAUGCAUAUGUAUCAUCUUCUCUUGAGACGUCUCAAUUGCAGCAGCAGAAAGCAUCCAAGCAGCAUGAGUCAAGCACACUACUAGCAGCACCCGAGAGACCACAAGCACCCGGCACUCAACAUCCACCAGCGACCCUGCAAGAACCAGCCUUUCCACCCCAACCAGCCUUUCCACCCCAACCAGCCUCCCAACACCAACCAGCCUGCAAACCUUAUUCUACCACCAUACGAAAGUCAACCACGAAAUGCGUCUCCCCUGCCUCUCCCACCAUUGACUUGACUCAAGACUGCGCGUUAUCCGACCCUGCUGCUUCUCCUCCCUGCUGCUCCCCUCCCGCGUCCCCUCCUCUCCCGUCUGCUACAAAAUGUGUCUCCCCUGCCUCUCCCGUUAUUGACUUGACUCAAGACUGUGACCCACCCGACCCUGCUGCUGUUACUCCUCCCUGCUGCUCCCCGCCUGUGCCCUCUGCUUCGCCUCCCACCGAUUCCCCUGAGGCCGAUAAAGGGAGGCGAGGAACAGGGCAGGGGGGGGAGAAGAGGAGGCGGGAUGUGGAGGCGUUGCAGGAUGAACGGGUGGAGGAUAGAAGUGGAAUGGGAAGGAGAGGAGCAGAGAGGAUGAAAGGCGGCGAUGCAGAGAGGCGGUUGGAGGGUGGAGAUGCAGCGAUGUGGGCUGGAGAUGUUGAGAUGAGGAUGAACGGUGCAGAUUCAGAGAGGAAGAUGAAGGGUGGAGAUGCAGGGAAGAGGAAGGCGAGUGGGAAAGGAAGAGAGUGGAGCGAGCAGCCAAGUGAGGCAGGCGUUGGAUUAGCAGGCGCAGGAGAAGCAGGGAGAGGAGCAGCAGUGGGCGAUGGGGGGGAUUGCCUGAGAGAUCCCAGUGGUUGUGGCAGCGGGGAUGCACCACCUCGGACCGGGGCUGAAGCUGCACCAAUGGGGCUGCAGCGGGACAGCAGAGGAGCGUCUCAGAACGAAGACUCCUCCUCAGGAGGCCCACGGGGUGAAUGUCUAACACCAGAGGGGCCCCUCAGAAGCAGAGGAGUAGCAAGCUGCCAAGGGAACGGUGCAGGGAGCAGAAGAGCAGCAGGUUCGCAAGGGAAUGGUGUAGGGAGUCUUGCCACAAGAAAAGGGAAUGGUGCAAAGAAAAGCCUCGUGACGAAGGAGGAGGAGAACAGGCGGGCACGCGAGUACCUGAGUGUGGUGCAAACCUCCCUGCCCCCGCCGGACUUCCAAACCUUCCUCCGCCUGCUCCGGGAGUUCCGAAGCAGCCGAGCGCAGGUUCGGCAGCCCUUAGACCAGCGGCAGCAGCAGCAGCAGCAGCAGCAGCCCGUCUUCUCCUCUGCUUCUCAACCAGCAGCAGUGGUUCCAGUGGGUGAUGGAGCGGUGAUGAGUGGUGGUGCAGUGUUGGCCACUCGCACUGACCUGCUGCAUUCACUGGCGUCACUCUUUGCGGCCUCCAACCAGCUCCCUCUGCUCGCAGGGUAA